AUGACUAGUUGGUUUACAUCGGCUAUUCAAACAGUUCGUGAUAAAUCGGCUGAUGCAUUAGAAUUUGUACGUAAGGAUUUAACAGAAUUCACAACAACUGUUAAAAGUGAUACUGAAACUUAUAUACAUAAAAUCAAAACUCAAGAAGUUGGAGAUCUUGGUAUUAAUCGAUUUGUGUCAAAAUUAAGUGGUGCUAAUAAAACAGAUGAUGACAAUGGAAAAUAUAUUAAUGCAUCACCAUCAUUCGAUCGAGUUCAAAAUGAAUUAACUCGAUUACAAAAUGAUGAAUCAACAUAUUUAACUGAUCCAAGUCAAACAGAAGCAUAUGAAGCUUGGCGUGAAACAAGUAAUUUUAAUGAUGAAACACGCAAAGGAGAAAUAGCUCAAUUAUUAAUUGAUGCUCCACAUGUUCGUUCAUUUUAUUCACAUCUUGUACCUGCACAAACGACACAUGUCGAUUUUUGGUCUCGCUAUUAUUUUCGAUUACAUCAACUUGAAGAAGAAGAAGCAAGACGAACACAAUUAUUACGACGUGCACACGAAAUUUGUUCAGAGAAUAACGAUAAUAAUGAAGAAAAUAAUGCUAAUGAUUGGGAUGAACCUGAUGAGAUUUCAUUAGAAGAGCCAGCAAGUAUAACUCAAGAAUCCAAAACAGAAAUUAUACCUGUCGAACAUCAUGAAGAACAGCAGCAACAACAACAAGAAUUAACACAAAGUGAUUCAUCAUUUGAGAAAACAAAUAAUGAACGAAGUGGUAGCGAUACAGUUACAGGUGAUAGUUGGGAACGUGAAUUUGAUGAAACAGAUGUUGCUUCAUCAUCUAUUCCACCAACAACCAAUACAGAUGCAUUAACUGAAUCAGCAGAAACAGUUACGCCUGAAAUUGUAUCGUCAUCAACAAUAACAACAACAGAACCAACAACGGUAGCACCAUCAUCAGAAUCUUCAUCAAUGGAUAAGAAAAAAGGAAAUGAAUUUGAUGAUGAGUGGGAAUCAUGGUCAUAA